AUGAAAAUCUCAACGCUCAUAGUCGUGGCAGCUCUCAUUGGCCUGUGUUUGGCUGCUCCCCCCAGUGCAGAGGAGAUGGGAAUGACCCCAGACGAAUGGUCCAACUGGGUGUACUCCCAGUAUGGUGUCUACGGAAUGCGACCCAGUCGAGCCGCCAAUCUCGUGGGAAUGAUUCUCUUCAUUAUCCUGUGGGCUAUCCAAGGAGCGCUGGCCUUGUACUACCGACAAUGGUGGUUUGGAGGAGCCUUCUUCUGUGGCAUCUGUCUGGAGUUUCUCGGAUACCUGGGCCGAUUCCUGUCCACCUGGGAUCUCCAGAACUUGAACGAGUUCAUUCUACAGAUUGUCUGUCUGACUCUGGCACCUGCCUUCAUAAUGGCGGGUGUCUACUGUCUGCUGGCAAAGUUUGUCGUCAUCUACGGAGAGAGCUACAGUCGGGUAGCUCCUCUGGUGUACACAUUGAUCUUCGUGGCCUGUGAUUUGAUUUCCAUUGUCAUCCAGGCUGUAGGAGGAGGUAUUUCAGCCACUGCUCUCUACGACAACAAGUCUACCGACGACGGAACUCACAUCAUGGUCGCCGGUAUGGCUUUUCAGGUCUUCACCAUGUCAAUUUUCUUUAUCAUGACCACUGACUUCUUGUGGCGAGUGCACAAGGGUAUCCGUAACCCCAACGUCGCGGACUCUCGAGCCAAUGACCCCGAAAUCAUUGCUAUUCGAGAGUCGCCCAAGAUGAAGUACUUUGUCAUUGCUACAUACAUUGCCUUUGGCUUUGUCUUCACUCGGUCCGUCUACCGAGUCGUCGAGCUGGCUGAGGGCUGGUACGGCAAUCUUCUUCAGCACGAGGCCUACCUGCUUGUGCUGGACGGUCUGAUGAUGCUCAUUGCCAUCACCAUUCUGACCGUCUUCUACCCCGGCUUCGUCUGGGGCCGAACCCACAUCAACGCCGGAGCUGUCAAGCAUAGCAAGAGCGAAAAAAACGAGUUCCAGGACGUUCAGCAGGAACAUUACCCCGAACAGCAAGAAUACCCGGAACAGCGAGACGAUGGGUCUUACGGAAAGGAGACCGAAAGCAGUGUUUAG